AAUCCUCACAUGAAGAAGAUAAGGCUAAUUCACUCUGCACUCCCCCCAAUCGCCAUGGCUGAAACUUCGAGCCUCCUCCAAUCCACGUUCAUCCCUAUUUUCUCUCCAACUCCAUCUCCAUCCGCUCUCAAAAUCCGCGCCGAUCUCUCCUUUGCCGGAAGAAGUGUCCGAUUUAAUCGAAUUCGGUGCUCCGUCUCAGCGGCAACAGAAACCACCGUCCCGUGGGGGUGCGAAGUCGAUUCUCUGGAGAAUGCGUCGGAUUUACAGGAAUGGUUGUCUCAGAACGGGCUUCCUCCCCAGAAAAUGGCUAUAAAAAGAGUGGACGUUGGAGAGAGGGGACUUGUGGCUAUGAAGAAUAUUAGGAAAGGGGAGAAGCUGCUAUUUGUGCCUCCGUUGCUUUUCAUCACCGCUGAUUCUGAGUGGAGCUGCCCUGAGGCUGGCGAGGUAUUGAAGAAGUACAAUGUGCCCGAUUGGCCACUGCUUGCGACGUAUUUGAUCAGUGAAGCAGGAUUCAUGAACUCUUCGAGAUGGAAAAAUUACAUUGCAGCCUUGCCGAGGCAACCCUAUUCACUUCUGUAUUGGACGCGUUCGGAACUAGAUAAAUAUCUGGAAGCCUCUCAAAUAAGACAACGAGCAAUCGAGAGGAUCAAUGAUGUUACUGGGACAUACAAUGACUUGAACGACAGGAUAUUUUCCAGGUAUCGCGAUUUAUUUCCUCAGCAGGUAUUCAAUAUGGAGACGUUCAAAUGGUCAUUUGGCAUUCUUUUUUCACGCUUGGUACGCUUACCCUCGAUGGGUGGAAGGGUUGCAUUGGUUCCAUGGGCAGAUAUGCUGAACCAUAGUUGUGAGGUAGAAACAUUUCUGGAUUACGACAAAUCCUCCGAGGGAGUUGUGUUCACAACAGAUCGAGCGUAUCAGCCAGGUGAGCAGGUAUUCAUAUCAUACGGUAAGAAAUCCAACGGGGAGCUCUUACUUUCAUAUGGAUUUGUUCCACGGGAAGGAACUAACCCUCGGGACUCGGUUGAGUUGCCUCUGUCCCUCAAAAAAUCGGAUAAGUGUUUCAAGGAAAAGGCGGACGCUUUGAAGAAAUACGGGUUAUCCACAUCACAAUGCUUUCCGGUGCAAAUCACCGGUUGGCCAGUGGAGCUGAUGGCGUAUGCUUAUUUAGCAGUAAGCCCUCCGAGUAUGAAGAGACAGUUUGAUAAGAUUGCUGCUGCUGCAUCGAACAAGACAACGUCCAAGAAGGAUAUUAAAUUCCCCGAAAUAGAGGAGGAAGCGCUGCAAUUUAUUCUGGACACAGUCGAGGCCAGUAUAUCAAAGUACUCGAAGUUCCUUGAGGAAAGUGGAUCGAUGGAUUUAGACGUGACGAGUCCUAAGCUUCUGAACCGAAAAGUGUUCUUGAAACAGCUGGCAAUGGAUUUAUGCACCAGCGAACGGAGGAUACUGUAUCGCGCUCAAUCUAUAUUAAGGAGAAGGCUGAGAGAUAUAAGAAGUGGUGAGCUAAGGGCUCUCAAGAUUUUUGAUGGCUUCAGAAACUUGUUCAAUUGAAUCAUCACCUCUCUCUCUCUCUCUCUAUGUAUAUUGUCUAUUGCUGAAGAUAAAACCUGAUCCAAGGAGAGGAUUCUGCAUUUUUUAUCUUUAUUUUUUAUGGUUCUUCGGAUCAAUUAUUUGAGAUCCUUAUAUGUUUUUGGUUUUGU